UAGACAGAAUAUUGGAUUUACGUAAAAAAUAAAAGCGGUGUUUCACUUGUCAGAUCGCGAAAAGCAGAUGUGUGUCAAGUUGUAUUCUAUUAAUUGUAUUGAUGAUGUUUAAGCUCCGUUUUAACCUGUUAUUUUACGUACAAUUUAAUACGACUUAGUUAUAAUCUUUAUUUGUUUAGAGGAUCAAAAUGGUUUCUAUUUCAUCAUUCGCACCAUUACGUUUCAUACCCGGGUUCAUUCUUGUUCCUCUGUUAAGUAUUGGCAGUGAAACAAAAUACUCAGAGUGCAUGAGUGUGACGCCAUCACGAAUGUCUUGUUCUUAAUGUUAACUAACUCGUUGAUAAUACCCGAACAACGAAGAACAAGCUUUCAGAUUAAAUCCCAGAAUGAGUGGCACAUUCUUCUUGAAGAAAACAUUUUGCAUCGUGACUGGGGCCAGCCAAGGCUAUGGGGCCAGCCUGGCAGAGAAAUUUGCUUCACUUUUACCGGCAAAUUCAGCGCUGUUGCUUUUAGCUCGAAACGCAGACAAGCUUAAAGGUGUAACAGAAAAGAUACACUGCCAAAGUCCCGAUGUUAGUGUACAUUUUCACAAAUUUGACCAAAGUGUGUUGCAGGAAUGUUCAACUGAAAAUUUAAGAACUAUAAUAAAUAAAAGUAACAUCAGCCCAUCAGAUUUUGAGCAGUGUAUAAUCAUUCACAAUGCAGGCGUUAUAGGUGAUGUCACAAAGUUCACGUGGCAGAUUAAAGAUGCAGAGAUGGUUGAUCAUGCCAUGAAGGUCAAUGUGACAGGUGCCAUUCUUGUGAAUACUGCAUUCAUGGAAUGCUGUGAUGGCACGGAGUCUAUGGCCAUCAUUAAUGUGUCGUCACUGGCUGCUAUCCAGCCGUUUUCAUCUUGGUCUAUCUACUGUGCAGGCAAGGCUGCCAGGGAUAUGUACUUCCAAGUUGUGGCUACUGAGAAAGAGGCAGUCCGGGUCCUCAACUGGGGCCCAGGGCCCCUGGACACUGACAUGCAGGCCCGUUGUAGAGAGUGUGCUGAUGACAACAUACGGCAGUACUUCACAGAUGCAUACAAGCAAGGCAAGCUGCUGAGUUGUGAGGAAUCUGCAGACAAACUGGUCAUUGUACUAGACAGGAAUGACUACAAAUCUGGCUCGCACAUUGAUGUGUACGAUGUCUAGACAGGAAUGACUACAAAUGUGGCUCACACAUUGAUGUGUACGAUGUCUAGACAGGAAUUACUACAAAUGGCUCGCACAUUGAUGUGUAGGAUAUCUAGUCAGGAAUGACUACAAAUCUAUUGAUGUGUAUGAUGUCUAGACAGGAAUGACUACAAAUCUGGCUUGCACAUUGAUGUGUACGAUGUCUAGACAGGAAAAACUACAAAUCUGGCUCGCACGUUGAUGUGUACGAUGUUGAGGCAUGAAUAGACAGGUGCUGUAGGCUUCAAUGCUGUCUGAACUCUAAAAGGCCUAUUUCAUUCCUUUAUUUAUUUUCCCCACCCCCAAUCCUGUGUAAAAUAUCCCUAUGUAUUGGUAAGAAUUAUUAUAGUCAGAUUUCUAGUUCAUUCUUGAAAACAAUAGUUAUAUUAAUAUAUAGAGAAUUAUAGGUUAGUGUUGAUUAAAGAUCAGAUUUAUCAUGCGAGGCUUAGGGAAAAAAAGCAUGAGCCUUGGCGAGUGCUUUUUUGUUUUCGUGCUGAUCAUGAUAAACCUGAUCUAUAAUCAACACUAAUCUAUCAUUCUAUUUAUCCCACUUUUUAUUCAGUAAACCUUUUUAUUUAAACUAAAUUAGUUUAACUGGAUAAUUUCGCUGGAUUUUAAAGUCAUUUUUUCGAAAAAAUGACGUCAUUUUGUGCCGUGGUUUACAGCAGAAAUUUAAUCAAAGGGGCUUUAAUCAACCAAAUUCACUGUAAAAGUGGGAUAAAUAUCCAUACUGACAUGCUAUAAUUGUAUAGUGAUGUAUUUUACAACCUAGUCAAUUUUCUAUUGAGCCUUAAGCUCAUGUACAUAGCGUUGAAUCAUUGAAUUUUACACACAAUUGGUUCAUUUUGAGACAAUCUUUAUUUUGCAUGGUUCUGGACAGGGAAACAUUUUUAUGGUUACUUUUUUGCCUUACACGAAUUUACUCUUGUGUUUGUGUAAAUUAUUUAUUGCGUUUUUAGCUCACCUGAGCGAUAGCUCGAGGUGAGCUAUUGUGAUCACUCAGCGUCCGGCGUCCGUCAGUCCGUCCGUCCGUAAACAAUUUGUAAACAUCUUCUUCUACUAAACCAUUGAGCCAAUUUCAACUAAAUUUCAUGUGGAGCAGCUCUAGGUCAUGGGACAAAAGAAUUGUUAAAAAAAAUUUGAUCACAUAACCAAGAUGGCCGCCAUGACCAUAUAUGGUAAAAACCUUAAAAAAUCUUCUUGUCAGAAACCGCUCAUCAGAUUUUCAAAAAAUUUCACAGGGAUGACCUUUGAGGGCUCCCCUGAAAAAGUUGUUCAAAGAAAUUUGAUUCGUCAAAAAACAUGGCCGCAGGAGCUCGUUGAACUUUGCAUGUUUAUUCGUUUUUGCCUAUUUUGUGAAAACUUUCAAAAAUCUUCCACAUUUUUUGUCCGAUCCUAUCCAAAUUUGCACAGUGUCUUUAUAUCAAUGAGGAAACGAACCCUACAAAAAAUGAGCAUUAUUGGUCCAUGAAGUACAGAAUUACCUCCCCUUGAAUUGAGAAAAUGGUGUUUAUGCAAUAAAGUCCAAAUUUUUCAUCCAAUUCUUUCCAAACUUGUAAGGAUUUAGCAUGGUUCAAACAAGGGAAACAACUACGGUUUAUGCAUGUUCUUUUUAUUACAGAUUUGCCUCCCUUUAAUUCAUUCAAAAUCUCAUUUUACAGCAGAGAUUCCAAAUCUGACCUGUAAAUGAGCCCCAUAUUUACUGCUGGUGCUAUGUUACCUUUUCCCAUUUGAUCAUUCUUAAGUAUUGGUCUUGUAAUGCUGCUACUGCUACUGCUACUGCUACUGCUACUACUACUACUACUACUACUACUACUACUACUACUACUACUACUACUGCUACUACUACUUCUACUACUACUACUACUACUACUACUACUUCUACUACUACUACCACUACUACUACUACUACUACUACUACUACUACUACUACUACUACUACUACUACUACUAGUACUACUACUACUAGUACUACUACCACCACCACCACCACCACCACCACCACCACCACGUCUACUAUUACUACUUCUACUACUACUGCC